AAGAAGAGGCGUUUCCGCUAAAGGUUCCACAACAGACGCUCAUGGGCCCUGGGCUGGAUCCUCGGGACGAGAUGUCUGUGAAGAAAGAAGAUGUCCAGCAGCUGCUGGUGAAGGAAGACGUUUCCGCGGAGCAGCAGUCAUGCAGCUCCAGCCUGAGUCAGGUGGAACCAGAACUUGGUCUCAUUAAAGAAGAAAAGGAUGAAAUAAAAGAGGAAGAAGUUGAUGGCUCCCAGCUCUCAUUCACUUAUGAUAAAGUGAAGUAUAAAGAUGAUGAAGACCCUCCAAUGAGCAGCAUGACUCAGACAACAGAAGCCGCCAACCCUGGCCACCAGAGGUCACUUGCUUCUGACUCUGACACGGAUGACAGUGAAGACUGGAGGGAGACCAGCAACCCUCAGUCAGGUUCAAACUCUGUGAAGAGCCCAAACUGCCCCAUCAGUGAGGAGAAAGAUGACUCUGAUCACAACGCAUUGAUCAGCUCUGGAUGUGGCAGCAAAUCUUCUUCAGUGACUGGACUGUCAAAGCAUAUAAAAUCCUGCUGUAGAGGGCCUUUGACUUGUUUGUUUUGUGGAAAAUGUUUUGAAAAAAGAGAGCAGCUAGAGGUUCACAUGAGACUUCAUGCUGGUGAAAAGACUUGCAUCUGCUCUCAGUGUAACAAGUGUUUCGCCGAGACUGAUGCACUGGAGGAACACAUGAAAAGUCACGCUAGAGAAAAACCUUUCAUCUGUCCUCAGUGUGAUAAACGUUUUAUGGACAGAGGCAGCCUGAAGAAACACAAGAUAAUUCACACUGGACAAAAACCUUUCAUCUGCCCUCAGUGUGGGAAGGGUUUCACUCAGAAGGGAAACCUGGUGGCACACAUGCGAAUUCACAGCGGGGACAAGCCUUUCAUCUGCUCCCAGUGUGGCGCUUCUUUUACCCAGAAAGGGAGCUUAAUGGCACACAUGAAAACACAUACUGGAGAAAAACCUUUCAUCUGCUUGCAAUGUGGUGAAUGUUUUACACGGCGCAAUAAUCUGAAAGUACAUGAGAAAAUUCAUACAGGAGAAAAACCUUUCGUCUGUUCUGAGUGUGGUAAAAGUUUUUUGGAGCGGAAGAACCUGAAGGCACACUUGAUCAUCCAUACCGGAGAAAAACCUUUCUUAUGCCUUCAGUGUGGGAAGGGUUUUACCCAGGAAGCGAGUCUGAAGGCCCACAUGAGAAUUCACACUGGAGAAAGACCUUUCAUCUGCCCUCAUUGUGGUAAAGGUUUUACGCAGUUGGGAAGCCAGAAUGCUCACAUGAGAAGACAUACUUUAGAAAAGCCUUUCAUCUGCUCUCAAUGUGGUAAAUGUUUCACUGAGAAAGGGAGUCUGAGGAGGCACAUGAGACUCCACACAGGAGAAAAACCUUUCAUCUGCCCUCAGUGUGGGAAAGGUUUAACGCAGUUAGGGAGUUUGAAGGCGCACAUGAGAAGACAUGCAGGGGAAAAACCAUUUAUCUGCUCCCAUUGCAGUGAAUGUUUUACGGAGAAAGGAAGCUUGAAAAAACACUUAAAAUUACGACAUCUGGAGUUUGAAAAAGAGUGAUGCGUUUUUUUCUUCUUACUUGUGCAUUAAGUGAACAACUGCAGACUGGAUGACCUCACUUUCUCUGGAGAGCACAGAUGGUAGGAGCAUAAGUUCUUGCUCAGGCGGCUGUCUGAUCUCACUGGAAGCUUUUAGGUGUUUUAUGGGUAUGUUUACUGAUCAUAUGGCUUUGGUUUAUCUUGUUGAAACAUUUUGUUGUGUUAAGCUAAAACCUUUUGUGGCUUUCAUUCAUUCUGUGAGCUAUUGAUGUGAGGCAAGCUGAGGAAGCGAUGGCAUGUCAUUUUCAUUGGGAAGUUAUUUGUUCAUUAUUUGUUUUUUCAUAUUUUUACAAUCUUAAUUGAUCACAAUUGUAAUGUCUGUAUGUCAUUUGUCACUGCAUAUUGAUAAAUGUAAAUUUAAUUAAAGUAAAAAUCUGCCAUACGAAAGGACGAGCUAUGAAAAAAAUGUUGGGUGAGCAACUAUCAAGACAGUCUCUCUCUGUUCAACCCCAGCAGACAUUCUUCUUCCUCUCAGUUGGCGUGACACCAGACUGCAGCAUGGUGAAUCUGUUCGAUAUGGCCCGCUAACUAAGUGUAGAGAUGUCCAGCAGCUGCAGUUGAAAGAUGUUUCCAUUGAGCAGCUGGAGUGCAGCUCCCUUCUGAGUCAGGAGGGACAAGAACCCAGUCUCAUUAAAGAAGAGAAGGACCAAAUAAAAGAGGAAGAAGAAGGUUCUUCCACGCUCUCCUUCACUUUAGUUGAUUUGAAGAUUGAAGAUGAUAAUACUGAUGUUGUUCCGGAAAAGGAACAAGAAGAUCAACUCAUUAAAGAUGACGGACCAGGACCAGCCUUGGAUGCACCUCUCCACUCUGACCACCAGGGGGAAAGCAAUGGCAAAGAGAGAGAUGAUGCGUCGAAAGCUGGGCUGACUCAUCACUGGCUGCUUCAGUGGGAAGCACUUCUGUGUUGCUCGGUUUGUGGGAAAUA